UCAAUAUUCUAAGACCUUUCUAAGAGCACAAAAGCAAUACUUCAUACAGUAUUUACAAACUUAAAUUUUUAAAUAACUAUGAAGUAUGAUUGUAAUAGUCAAUAUUAUGAAUAAUUUACAAUUAUAUUCAAUUGUAAUAAUUUUUCUGGGAUAUAGUUGUACAUUGUACAACGAUUUAAUCAAUAUCAAAUAAUUGGGUAGCCGGGUUGACUAGGACUAAUAUUACUAUAAAGUUUAAACUAACAUUUUAAGUUUUUACUAGAAAAUGACUUCUUCAAAGGAAACAAUCAUCAAAAUAAAUGAUGGAAGUAAUUAUCGAGAGUCCGAUAACUCUAUAAAUAUUCUAUGUAUAGAUAUAUCCAAGUAUAGCUUUUUAGUACAAUUUACCUUGUGCUGUUUUUUCGUAUUUACAUUUUAUCUUGCUUAUGGAUACUUUCUUGAAUUAAUAUUUUCUAACCCAGAGGUAAAACCAGUGAGUCUAUAUAUAACGUUUGUUCAAUUUUUAAUAACCAUGUCAUUAAGUUAUGUGGAAUCUUUAAUAAGAAAUCCAAUCAAACGAAAGGUGCCUGUGAGAACAUAUGCGAUACUAGCUGCUCUUACAUUGGGAACUAUGUCACUUUCAAACUUGGCACUCAGUUACUUGAACUACCCAACACAAUUAAUAUUCAAAAGUUGUAAACUAAUCCCGGUCAUGAUUGGCAGUAUUAUUAUAUUGGGGAAGAGAUAUUGCUUUCUAGAUUAUAUUGCUGCUGUCCUAAUGUGCAUUGGGUUGACUAUGUUUACACUUGCUGACUCAAAAACAUCACCAAACUUUGACUUCAUUGGAGUUGUAGUAAUAUCUAUGGCACUGUUAUGUGAUGCAAUAAUUGGAAAUGUUCAAGAGAAAGCCAUGAAACAAUUCAAUGCUACAAAUAAUGAAGUUGUCUUCUACUCAUAUGCAAUAGCCAGUAUAUAUCUGCUGUUUAUAACAGGGUUCAGUGGAAUUUUGACAGAUGGGUAUAAUUAUUGCUUAAUGGAAUCGGUGACAAUAUAUUCAAACAUAUUCUUCCUGAGUGUUUGUGGCUACAUGGGUCUGCAGGCUGUGUUGACUCUAGUAAGGAUAUGUGGCGCCACGGUGGCUGUCACAGUCACAACCAUGAGAAAGGCACUGUCAAUCAUUAUCUCAUUUUUACUGUUUAGCAAGCCUUUCGUAUUUCAGUAUGCAUGGUCAGGUUUGCUGGUAGUUUUAGCCAUAUAUCUAAAUCAUUACAGCAAGAAGCAUCCACACUAUAUCCCUAAGCCUUUAGAAAAGAUAUGGCAUUACCUGCAUUCAUAUUACCAAUCUGAAUAUAAAUAUCUUAAAAUAAGAAGUAAAAUGUACACAGACACAGUGUAGUCACGACAUAUAUUUAGAGUAAUUAAGUUUUACCAGUGUGUAAAGAUUUUAAAUUGUUUUUAAAAUAUAUGAUUAAAUUUACAUGACAUUAAUCUGUAUAUAUAUUUAGAAUUGACCAGUGUGUUUUACUAUUUAAAAUGAAUCAUAAAUAUUAUUUCUUUAUGAUUAAUUUUAAAUGUUCAAUUUUUAAAUAAAACUAUGUUAUAUAUUAGUGACAUUUAUUUGAUUGUAUGUACAUAAUCUUAUACUUAGAAUAAGUAUUACCAGUGUGUAUUAUUUAUGAUAUAUUUGUAUUAUUAAUGAUAAAUUUUAAAUGUUGAGUUUUUAAAUAAAACUAUGUUAUAUAUCAA